AUGCCCGCACCAGCCAAACAGUCCGCAAUCCAUCUUGGGUUGAUUUAAAUAUAAUUAUACGGUAUAUCAAUAUCGUAUUAUUAGCCCGCAGGAACGCCAUCUGUUACCGACUCCCGUUCUUGGCGAACCUCUAAACGCGAAGCAAUGGCCAUCCCAGACGCCGCCUCCAUAUCAAAGGAGGACUUUGAUACUCUCGUCAACGAAUACCCAGUGCUUGUCAAAGAAAUUUCCGUCACAAAAGGAUCCAAGCCUGGCCAAAAAAAGCUCUCGCAGCUAGACGUGUAUCGCUACGAUGAAGCGCCAGCUGCAUUCGCUAUCAAUGGUGCAAAGGGGGAAAUGGCAUUAGAGGAUGUCAAGCGCCUUGUUGAAUGGAAGCUACGUCACGGCAAGUUUCGCCCGACGCUGAUGAACCUCGUAUCUUCCAACACCGAUGUUACUGCUACCAGCACAAUUGCCAAAGCCAUGGCCUCUUAUACGCCAUCCACUAUCCCAGCCGCUCUCACAACGCUUACGGCGCUGCGGGGCAUCGGACCUGCCACCGCGUCGCUUCUACUCUCUGUGCACGAUGCGGAGAACGUGCUUUUCUUCUCAGACGAGGCGUUUUGGUGGCUCUGCUGUGAUGGAAAGAAAGAUAGCAUUAAGUACAACCCGAAAGAGUAUGAGAUGCUGCGAUCAGUGGCUGCUAAGCUCAUGAAGAGGCUGGGAGUGAGUGCUGUAGACGUUGAAAAAGCAGCGUAUGUGGUUAUGAAGCGAGGCGGUGAUGUAGCUGCUCCCCCCAAAGGCAAAGCUGGCCCGGCAAAGGCAAAGGAGACAACACCGACUGUGAAGAAACCUGCGGAGAAGAAACCGCCGGUUGAAAAGCGAAAGCCUGACGUAGCAGACGAAGGAUCUACAGCCGUGGCGGGGACACGGCGAUCAAAGAGGGUCAAGGGUUGAUGCGUCACUGGCAGGCUAAUACGUCAAUUGAACCAAUUCUUCUUUUAUAUCCAUUCUUUUUUUAAAAGCUAUCAGUGAAAAGCAACUAGAAUUAGACUAACACGCUCACACAGGGGGGAAUUUAGCAAGCUACACAAAUCGGCAGAUGGAUUGCGGCUUGCUUCUUUCGGAGUGGUCGCUGGCUACGUGAACCAGGCUAAUGGAUACCAACGACUUGUUCAUUUGCCCUUCUUGGCCUCGGUGGCCUGUGUGGCCUCAUACUUGUCGCUCAAGUCGCCGUAGCUCUUGUGCAGCUGCUCGCUCUGCUUCUUGAGCGUCUCGAGGUCGAGGUUCUUCUUCUCGAGCUCCUUCUUGAGGGUAGUGAUCUCGGCGUUUCCACCCUUGCCGGGGAUGGGCUUGUUGCUCUCGAAAGCGGUCAGGCGGUCCUGAAGACGGAUGUUCUCGGUGAUGAGGACGUAGGUGCGGUUGAGGAUCAGAGACAGGAAGAGGGUGAAGCCGCAAAGGUACAUGUUGCGCUGGGAGUAGAACUUGCGGGCCUGGACUUCGAAGCGUUCGUGGCCGAGGACAGAGGCU